AUGGCAGACGCAGCCGUUGCAGCUCCCGCUGACAAGAAGGCACCUCCCAAGUUCAAGCAGAGGACUGCUCGCACCUUCAAGAGCAAGGCCCCCAAGCCCGGCCAGAAGGGAUUCGGAGACGACAUCCCCGGCAUGGAGGGCCUUGGCACUGACAUCACAGUGGUUUGCCCAUGGGAAGCCUUCGGGGACAUGGAGCUCAGCGACCUGGCGAAAUACGGAAUCGUCUAG